AUGGCGUCGCUCGGGUUCAACGUUAUUCGCCUCAACUUCGCCACGUCGUGCAUCUCGCCGUCAAUUCGCCCGACUGACGGAUCUAUCGACUUCAAGAAAAACCCGGAGCUCGAGGGUUUAUCGACUCUCGAGGUGAUGGAUGCGGUGAUCGCGGGCGCAAAACUCCGUGGAAUGCGCGUGAUCCUCAGCAACUCGCGCGUCAGCCCCGCGCUUCCGCCCGACUACGCCGCGGACACGGGGCUGUGGUUCGACCUGGGGAACCCGGAGCGCGUGUGGCUCGACAACUGGAACCUGCUCGCAUCGCGCUACUACGGCGAGCGCACCGUGGUCGGUGUUGACCUGUUCAACGAGCCGCACCGCGACCCGUCGCAUCCGGACGUCACGUGGGAGGCGGACGGCGUGAACGAGCCGUACAACUGGCGCACGGCCGCUAAGAGAGCCGCGGACGUGGUGCAGGCGGUGAACCCGGACCUGCUCAUCUUCGUGCAAGGCCUGGACGGAGACGACUGCUGGUGGGGAUCGAACCUGCGACCUGUCUAUUUCUACCCGCUCAAGCUCAACAUCCCCUACAAGCUCGCCUACUCCAUUCACGACUAUGGCCCCAUGGUCAAAGACGGGCAGCCAUGGCUGUACGAUCCCGCGUUUCCCGCGAACCUGGAGGGGUACUGGGACGACCUGUGGGGGUAUGUGGCGGACCAGGGCAUCGCGCCGGUGUGGGUGGGCGAGUGGGGGAGCGUGCUGCCCGUCGACGGCACGGACCAGCUGAGCCAACGCGAGAUGAAGUGGGUCGCCGCGCUAAGGAACUACAUCAGGAAGAAGCAGCUGUCAUGGACGUGGUUCACGUGGGGCCCCAACUCAAAGGACACGGGCGGCAUUCUGCAGGACGACUGGGACACGGUAGAGCAGGGCAAGCUGGAGGUCAUGGCGCAGGUCAUGCACCCCGCCUUCGGCCCUGCCAUCGGUGACCGCCCGCCCGUGCCGCCGCGCCAUGGGCUGCUGCUGGUGUAUGCGCCGGAAAACGCCUCUGGGAUCAGCAUGCCUGUUGCUGCACCCAAGCAGCGGCCAGGCCAUCCCAUCCCCUUCCUCGGCAGCGGCAUCCACCACAUCCUCCUCCCCAGCAAGCCCUUCUUCCUCGUCCUCUGCCUCGUCGUCCUGGUGGCGGGGGGCUCAGGGGCGUGCGAGGGGUCUUCGUAG